UUCAUUCUUAUUCUAUACCACUUCCCUUCUUUCGUUUCAUCAUUGGGAGAUAUAUGUUCCUCUUUGUCUCUCUGUGGUGGAAUUACAGUAUGGAGCCUAUCGAUUUGAACUUUUUAUAAUAGUUUGCAAUUGUUACACGGGAAAGCUAGUGUUCUUUACGUGAGACCACUUUGUAAGCCAGAUGUACUUGUUCUGUGGUUUUGUACAGAUGGAGUAGGUGACGUAUGACAUAGCUGUGGGGAGUUCAAAAAUGUGACAAAUAGAACUGGUGUGAGGUUUAAAGUAGAAAGCAGAGUUUAAAUUAGAAAGACUCGAGUCAAAAGACGAGAGCUGUUGAACAGUGACAGUUCGGGUGCAUCACUUCUGCAGGUAAUUUGGGGCUUUUUGUCCGCCUACAAGAGACUCGAAGGUGUUACUGCGAAACAGUUUGUGGGUUUUCAUCAUGAAGGAGAGUAGCAUGUUGGCUGUGAUCUGCCUCCUCUCAGCUCCUAGCUGUAGGGGCUCAGAAUGUGUCGUCAUGGGGAGAAAGGUUGUGGGAGGUACGGCUUCCAUCCUUUGCUCCUACAAACCUGAGCAAAAGGAUUUCAAAAAGUACUUCUCCAAGGGGACAGGUGAGGGCAAGGUUGGUCUUCUACACCACCAGAAGCCAUCUUCCAACGGGAGAUACAAACUACAUGAUGACACGGAGAAGGGGCGCUUCACGGUGACCAUGGCUGACCUCACCCCGGAGGACUCUGGGACGUACAGGUGUGGAGUGGGACAAGAAUCAGCAGAGUGGAGGAGCCACCUGGAGCACAGACCUGUAUCAAACCCAGCACUUCCAUCUGGAAUGUUCCCUAUGCAAAUGCUGCAGUUUUUGACAAUACAUCUGUUUUCCAAAGCUUGAGCUCUGAAGCUGUUGACCAAGAUCAUGACUAUCAAAUUGUGGACACUGCAGUUUAUGGUGAAGACUCCCUCUACCAAGUCCUGGAUGUCAACCCUGAGAAAACGGCCUCUAUCUACCAAGUCCUGGAUGUCA